CAGAAACACUUUAAGACUUGAAUUGGGAUUUGGUCAUUGUGCUGUGGCUUUGUAUUUUCUUGGUAAGGCAUUAUGGGAAAGAAGAAAAAUGGGGUAUUCAGAUAUGCUGAUUGGGUGGAUAUGUUGCUAAUGGUUCUUGGUUGUUUGGGGAGUAUUGGAGAUGGGCUUACAACUCCACUCACUAUGCUUGUUCUAAGUGGUAUGAUUAAUCACUAUUCUGUUUCUGAUUCCAACUCUUUUUCAAAUCAUGUUGUGGACAAGUAUACACUCAAGCUGAUUUAUAUUGCUAUUUGUGUUGGACUGUGUGCUUUCUUUGAGGGAAUGUGCUGGACUAGGACAGCAGAAAGACAAACAUCCCGCAUCAGAAUGGAGUACCUAAAAUCAGUUUUGAGGCAAGAAGCUAGUUUUUUCGACACUAAUCAAGCUGCUUCUUCUACAUUCCUCAUUGUUUCUUCCAUCACUUCUGAUUGUCACACUAUCCAAGAUACAUUAGCUGAGAAGAUACCAAACUUUCUGGCUCACAUCUCAGGCUUUAUCUUCUGCAUUCCUGCUGCAUUUGUGCUCUCAUGGCAGCUUGCGUUGGCUGCCCUUCCGUUCUCUUUCAUGUUUAUUAUUCCAGGGGUUGGAUUUGGAAAGGUUUACAAGAACUUAGGUGUCAAGGCCAAAGAUUCUUAUGUGGUUGCUGGUAGCAUUGCCGAACAAGCGAUCUCUUCAAUCCGCACCGUGUAUUCAUAUGUAGGAGAGCACCAAACUUUAGAGCAGUUCAGUCAUGCACUUCAAAAAAGUAUGAACUUUGGCAUUAAACAAGGCCUUGGGAGAGGACUUAUGAUGGGUAGUAUGGCAAUGAUGUAUGCUGCUUGGGCAUUUCAGGCAUGGGUUGGCGGUAUUCUCGUAACUGAAAGAGGAGAAACAGGUGGAGCCAUUUUGAUAUCUGGAAUAUGUAUCAUUUUUGGUGGAAUCUGUGCUAUGAAUGCACUCCCAAAUCUCUCUUUUAUCUCUGAGUCAACAAUUGCUGCCUCUCGAAUUUUCGAGAUGAUUGAUCGCAUUCCUGUCAUUGAUGCUGAAGAUGGUAAAGGAAAAUCUUUGGACCGUUUAAGAGGAAAGAUCGAAUUUAGAGAUGUUGAGUUUUCCUAUCCGUCAAGACCUGAAACCUCAAUUCUUCAAGGAUUUAAUCUCAAAGUGAAUGCUGGGGAGACAGUAGGCCUUGUUGGAGGAAGUGGCUCAGGCAAGUCCACUGUGAUUCAUUUACUUGAGAGAUUCUAUGACCCUGUCAGAGGAGACAUUCUUCUUGAUGGUCAUAGGAUUAGGAAGCUUCAACUCAAAUGGCUUAGAUCUCAAAUGGGAUUAGUCAAUCAAGAGCCAAUUCUAUUUGCAACCUCCAUAAAGGAAAAUAUUUUGUUUGGUAAAGAAGGAGCUUCAAUGCAACUUGUUAAGAGAGCAGCUAAGGCUGCAAAUGCUCACGAUUUCAUUGCAACCUUACCUGAUGGAUAUGAGACUCAAGUGGGGCAAUUUGGUGUUCAAUUGUCUGGAGGGCAAAAGCAAAGAAUUGCAAUAGCAAGAGCUCUAAUCAGAGAUCCCAAAAUUCUUCUAUUGGACGAAGCAACCAGUGCUUUGGAUGUAGAGUCUGAAAGAAUUGUACAAGAUGCCUUGGACCAAGCUUCACGUGGAAGAACCACAAUCGUCAUUGCACACCGUCUUUCGACAAUUCAAAAAGCCGAUCGAAUUCUUGUACUUGAAUCAGGUAGAAUAGUAGAGUCUGGUUCUCACAAUGAGUUACUUCAAAGAAAUAGUGAAGGAAUAUACAGCAAAAUGGUGCAGAUGCAGCAAUCUUGCAUGGAAAAUGACCCUUCUAGUUCUUUCUAUGAUUUUACUGGAGAAACAUAUCUCCAAAGAACAGUAGGAGGAGCCAGAACUCCAUUGGCACCAAUAAACCAAAUAUCGGUUCGUCGAAGCAGCCCAAUUUGGCACAACAGUCCAAUAUAUUCUAUUAGCAUGUCAUGUCCAUACUCGGUCGACAUUGACUCUAGUGAUUACAGUUAUUGUGAAGGCUUAAAGUAUACCUCAAGUUCUUCUCAAUCUCCUUCUCAAUGGCGAAUUUGGCGAUUGAAUGCACCUGAGUGGAAACAAGCAUUGCUUGGUUGUAUGGGUGCUGCAGGCACUGGAAUUACUCAACCAAUAUAUUCCUAUUGCUUAGGAACAAUUGCAUCAGUUUACUUCUUAAAGGACAAUGCUGCUAUUAAAUCAGACAUUAGAUUCUAUUGCUUCGUAUUCUUGGGCAUAACAUCUCUUAGUUUUAUAUCUAAUCUUGUUCAGCAUUACAGCUUCGCAAUCAUGGGAGAAAACUUAACCAAGAGAGUAAGAGAAAAAAUGCUCGAAAAAAUCAUGACCUUUGAGAUUGGAUGGUUUGAUAAAGACGAGAAUACGAGUGCUGCUAUAUGUGCACGACUAGCUCUUGAAGGAAACUUGGUUAGAUCUCUUGUAGCAGAAAGAACGUCGCUAUUGGUUCAGGUAUCUGUGACUGCUACUUUGGCAUUUGUGCUUGGAUUACUUGUGACAUGGAGAGUAGCAAUUGUAGCAAUUGCUAUGCAACCACUUAUCAUUGGAAGCUUCUAUUCAAGAAAGGUUUUGAUGAGAAAUAUAUCUGAGAAGGCUAGGAAAACACAAGGUGAAGGCAGUCAACUAGCUAGUGAAGCCAUUACUAACCACAGGACUAUUGCUGCAUUUUCCUCUCAAGAUAGGAUUUUAAGUCUGUUUGAAGCUUCAAUGGAAGUCCCCAAGCAGGAUAAUGUAAAACAAUCAUGGAUUUCGGGUUUAGGUUUAUUCAGCUCCUUAUUUCUGACUACAACAACAACAGCUUUGACGCUAUGGUAUGGAGGGAGACUCAUAAAUCAAGGGUUAGUAACACCAAAACAACUUUUCCAAGCAUUUUUCAUCUUGAUGAGCACUGGAAAGAACAUUGCCGAUGUAGGAAGCAUGUCAUCAGAUAUAGCAAAAGGUGCAAAUGCCAUAGUAUCAAUCUUUGCAGUUCUAGAUAGAAAUACUGAAAUAGACCCUCAACAACUUGAAGGGGUAAAAGUCAAAGAGAUAAUUUGUGGAGAAGUAGAAUUGAAGAACGUAUUUUUUGCGUACCCGACUAGGCCUGACCAACUGAUCUUCAAUGGACUGAGUCUAAAGAUUGAAGCUGGAACAACCGUCGCAUUGGUUGGGCAAAGUGGUUCGGGUAAAUCUACCGUUAUUGGAUUGAUCGAAAGAUUUUACGAUCCUAAAAAAGGAGUAAUCCUCAUUGAUGGAAUAGACAUAAAGAGCUAUAAUUUGAGAGGUUUGAGGUUACACAUUGCUCUAGUGAGUCAAGAACCUGCACUUUUUGCAGGAACUAUACGCAAUAACAUUCUAUUCGGGCAAGAAGAUCGGUCAGAAAGUGAAAUUAGGAAGGCUGCAAAACUUGCCAAUGCUCAUGAGUUUAUUAGUUCUAUGAAAGAUGGCUAUGAGAGUCAAUGUGGAGAAAGAGGAGUUCAGUUAUCAGGAGGUCAAAAGCAGAGAAUAGCUUUAGCAAGAGCCAUAUUGAAGAACCCAAAAAUCCUUCUACUUGAUGAGGCAACAAGUGCUUUGGAUAGCAUGUCAGAAACUUUAGUCCAAGAAGCAUUGGAAAAGAUGAUGGUUGGUAGAACAAGCCUCGUGGUCGCUCAUCGGUUAUCGACUAUACAAAAAGCAGAUUCAAUAGCUGUAAUAAAACAAGGUAAGAUUGUUGAAAAAGGAUCACACUCGACUCUAAUUGGCCAUGGACAAAGUGGAGCAUACUACUCCUUGAUUAACCAGCUAAAAAGUUAAUCAUUUUUACUCAAUAAUAAACAAUCUUAGCAUCAGUAGAUUAUGUAUAAAAAUGAAUGUACUUAGAAGGUCGUUCUAAACACGUACGUAACUGAAUUCAAUCACGUUUGCGGUAUUUGUCAGUCAUCUCCAUUAAUCAAAGUCUAUGAUACUAAUUGCAAGUAGAC